UUUAUAGGCUACAUAUCUACAGACUAUCAGACUGGGCACGCAAAGUGCAUUAUUAUCAUACUGUCAGAGAUGUGUCUAUGUUUUUGUUCCGCUGCUUUGCGUGGAGCUGACACCAGUCCGUCCGUCCGCCUGAUCUCUGUCUUCCCCGGCUCUCUGGAGCGCUGUACCCCUACAGGCUGGUGUCUGGCAAAAGCAGCGGUGCUGGCGGCGAGGAGGUCCCCAGAAGUUACCUUGCUAACUCCAAAUUCUGCUUUUGUAGUACAGGCCUCUGGUGGCUCUGUUGGGGGUGGAGGGAUGUUUGACACGGUGUAUGAGUGGUUCUGGUGGGACAGAAUCUGGCUGCCUGUGAACCUGACGUGGGCCGACCUGGAGGACAGGGAGGACCGGGUCUAUGCCAAAGCCUCACAUCUCUACGUCACCGUCCCCUACACCUUCGCCUUCUUACUCAUCAGAUACCUGUUUGAAAGGUGGAUAGCAACACCACUCGCAGUCUCUGCUGGGAUCAAGCAGAGAGGCCAUCUGAAAGCAGACGACAACCCCAUUCUGGAACAUUUCUACGUUACUCGGUGCAGAAAUCCUGCUCAGGCAGACAUUGAUGGGCUGUCUAAGAAAAGCAGUUUGUCAGUGAGACAAGUCGCACGCUGGUUCAGAAGAAGACGCAGUCAGGACCAUCCCGGAAAACUGAAGAAGUUCAGAGAGGCCAGCUGGAGGUUUGUCUUCUACCUGUUGGCGUUCAUCGGAGGACUAGUAGCCCUGUACGAUAAAGAAUGGUUUUAUGACACUCGAGAAGUAUGGACAGGAUUUCCAAAGCAGUCCAUGCUGGAGUCUCAGUACUGGUAUUAUAUCUUGGAGAUGAGCUUCUAUGGCUCUCUUCUCUUAAGCGUCGCCUUCGAUGUCAAGAGAAAGGACUUCAGGGAGCAAAUCAUCCACCACUUAGCCACACUGCUCCUCUUAUCAUUUUCCUGGUGUGUCAACUACAUCCGUAUAGGAACACUGGUCAUGAUUGUCCAUGAUGCCUCUGAUGUUUUACUGGAGUCUGCCAAAUUAUUCAACUAUGCCAAAUGGGAGAAAACCUGCCAAAGUCUUUUUGUUGUGUUUUCCGUGGUGUUUAUGGUAACACGACUGAUCAUCUUCCCAUUCUGGCUGAUCCACUGUACCUGGGUCUACCCCAUUCACCACUACCCUGCCUUCUUUGGCUACUACUUCUUCAACGUGAUGCUGGUGGUCCUUCUCUGUCUGCACAUAUUCUGGGCCCACCUCAUUCUCCGCAUGAUCAGAAAAUUCAUCUUUGGCACUCUGACCAGAGAUGAGAGAAGUGACAAUGAAGAGGAAGAGGAGGAGGAAGAGAGCAGCCAGUCAGAGGACGAAAGUGAGGAACAGCACAAGCUUGUCAAUGGAUUGGCGCUCCGUGAGAAGGAAGACAAGAACGGCAGCUUUGGAUGUUUAUCUCCACCAGAGACCAUCUUCCGGUCAAAGACUGUAUACUGACUCAUGAUCAGUAGAGAUAAAGGUGUAAGAAAUCAAUCCCAUCUCACUCCCAACGUGUCAAAUACCUCAGCUUGGUCAGUGCGUUCAAUGAGCUCUAAUAUAAACCCAUCCGCAUCAUUAUUAGACGGUCAGAGCAACUGACACAGUUUAAAUAGCAAAAAAGUUCCAGUAGGGCGGGUCACAACACAGUAACACAGGACUGUCCCCCCAGGACACCGCUGUCCAUGUCCCGUAUGAAACAAAGUCAACAUUUACCUUAGUUUUUUUUUAACGUAACUUCCGGACUUUACCAACAGCAGUUGCAUAACAAGCGGAGCUAUUUUAUGUAACAAACUUACUUACUAACUUGCUUAUUUGAACCCAAACCACAAUCUUUUCCUAAACCUAACCACGUAGUUUUGUUGCGUAAGUAAACCUAAAAACUUAGGUAAGCCUACUUUAAAAGUUUAUUUUGACUGUUUAUUUUGACUGUUUGCAUGUAACAAUUGGAAACUGUGUGUUUCUUGUGAACACAGAAGUUUCUAAUGAAAAAACACUACGCAUUUAAUAAGUGGAAUCUUGACACGUCGUCCCUGAGUCGAAAACUACCGCUAGAGGGGAACCUAGAGCGCCAUAGUUUGAAAUAUAGGGCCACUCAGGGCGCUCCCACCACGUGCUGAGCGUAAGGUGCCAAGUGCCAGAGGGGGCACCAAAAUUAUGACCAUCAUCAUAAUAAUCAUAAUAAUGAAUUAUUUAAUUUUGCACAACUACAAUUGGCAUCAUUAGACUAUUAUAUGCAAUACAAAGACAUACAUAUUUGCUCGAAAUAAUAUAAGGAAUUAUGGUGCCCCCCUCCUCCAUCAUCCUGUGGUUUGUUCCAUUGCGCCUGACAAACUUGAGCCGGCUUUUAUUUUGAAAUGAAAGUGAUCGUUUGACAGUCAUCAUACCAGCAAGAUUAUCAACACUUUCUGCUUUCAUUUCAAAAUAAAAGCCCUCAAACGUUUUUUCUGUGGACAGAAUUCCUUCAUUUGUUAACACAAGGCUUUUAUUCUGAAAUAUGUGCCGGACAGUGUUGUAGAACAUGCAGUGACUUGCAGGGCUCCAUGAAUGAAUAUAGUGAUAUAGUAAUAUAGAGUUUUAAUGGUGUAUUACGACUAUUAUCUACAAAUUACAACGCGUUUCUUAACCUUUCUCUGUCUAAAAUAAAUAUAAAUGACAUUUAUAAGGAAAUAAAAUGACCAUUAUGAAAGGCAGACUCUAUGUAGAAAGAAAGGGCUGACAGCAGCAGAAACGCAGCAGAAACCAACGCGUGGGCCACUAACAAGCUGUGGUAUUUGACGAGUUGGGAGUGAGAAUGUGUUGGAGAAAUUGAACAAUGAUAAAUAUAUUUCAUUUAACACGGCCUGAAAAAAAUAGGCAAAAAGUGAUUUAUUCCUUCAGAUGCUGGAAUACAACCUAGCCCAAAUAAGCCUUGCUGUUCUCACAAUGCUUUGAACUGCACACAUGUACAGCGAGAGAGAGAGUUUGGGAUGUUUUUGUCUCUUUCUCUGUUCCUCCCCACAAUGUUGACAGAGUGCUUCACUGCCCUGCAAGUCAAAAGAGACCAGCGAACCAAACAAGCAAACAAUCCCCGACGUGGGCUCAUAACCACAUCUAAUUUGUUCUGUAUUGUUUGUGAUAUACAGCGGUGGUGCAUGGGGAAUGGGUGGCGGUGGCGGUGGGGGUGUUAUGCUCACCUUCAUGCAUUACUGGGACUCUUUGAUGACUGAACAUCACAGAUACACACCGAUCAGCCAUAACAUUAUCACCACCUGCCUAAUAUUGAGUAGGUCCCCCUUUUUUGCCGCCAAAACAGCCCUGACCCGUCGAGGCAUGGACUCCACUAGACCUCUGAAGGUCUGCUGUGGUAUCUGGCACCAAGCCGUCAGUAGCAGAUCCUUUUAAAUCCUGUAAAUUGCGAGGAGGGGCCUCCGUGGAUUGGACUUGUUUGUCCAGCACAUCCAACAGAUGCUACAUCGGAUUGAGAUCUGGAGAAGGUGGAGGCCGAGUCAACGCCUCGAACUCGUUUCCAUCCACAUGACGCAAAAGGAAACGUGAUUCAUCAGACCGGGCCACCUUCUUCCAUCGCUCCGUGGUCCAGUUCUGAUGCUCACGUUGCCCAUUGUAGGCGCUUCUGGCGGUGGACACGGGUCAGUACGGAGCACCCUGACU